AUGGACCUGCGGCGAAGGCGGUUCGUUGCCAUCGCUGUUGUCACGCUGGUUCUUUUCUUGCUCUACACAUGGGUGGGACAUCCGUCGUCAGUGUCCUCUGCAGUGCAGGCAGGACUCGACUACUUUGUGCAUGUGCCAGAUCUUCCUGCCGCGAACGCAACACUGGGCGUAUGCAAUAGCUGCAUCCAAAAGCUUGGACUACAGACACUAACACACUCGCAGUUUGGCGCCAUCGUCGCCGUCUCGACGCUGACAUCGAAACGCCGCAAUAGCCUGCUGCUGGCAGCAAACAUCACCGAAAUCGACAUUACGAUACCGAACCAACCCGUGUGGACCGACGCAGAUCUCAAAGACUUCAAGGCAAAGAACCACUCCGUAAUCACUCGCGGCUCGGCACUGGCAUGGAUGGGCCACCUGAAUGCUUUGCGCUGGUUUCUGGACUCGGGGCUGGAGACCAUGCUAGUCAUGGAAGAUGAUGUCGACUGGGACAUACACUUGCGCACAUCCCAAGUGCCCAAGGUGGCUGCUGCCAUGCGCACACUACUUACUGAGCAAGCCAAUGCACUCCCUGCAACACCAAACUCAAGACAAAAGAUCAUCACACCAGAACAAGCAGGCGGCUAUUGGGGCAAGCCCACAGACUGGGAUAUCCUCUACCUCGGCCACUGCGGCGACAUGUUCACCUCCUCCAACUUUGCAAACGAAACCGAUAUCCCCCGCCUCGCUGUCUCAGACCCAACUCUCCCUUCGCCAGAAUACAUGCACAUCCUCACCCGCCGCUUCCUCGCCGAACUAGGCGUCCCCAUAAAGACCCGCGUUAUCCACCGCUCCAUAUCCCCUCUAUGCACUUUUGGCUUUGCAUUGUCCAGAGCAGGCGCCACCCGCCUCCUCCACGACGUCGCUGCCUCAGAGCCCGAAGGCGGCUGCGAAGCCUACGACGUCCGCAUCCUCGAAAUCUGCCGCGACCGCAGUUUCCGCUGCUGGUCCGCAAACCCAGAGUUAUUUCACCACCAAGACGCACCCUCCGAAAUCGCCAUUGUAAAUGCAAAGAAGGGAAAAGAUCACAGUGCCAAAGAACAUGACUCUAAAGCUUCUCCACCGGGUAUAGGUGUAGAUUCAGAGGGUAGAUUGCAAGGUGCAGCCCCGAAUAUUGCUUGCGGGAUGCGAGGGAGCAGUUUCUGGACGCAAGAUCCUGAUACAGUGGAGUAUCUGAAGGAAGUGGUGGGUAGACAGGGUCAUUGCUUGAGGGAUCAACAUGCUGAGGACAUGAGUGUCUGGCCUCAUCUUUGA